UACAGCUAUAAACAAAGAUGACACAACAAUAUGCUUUAUUCAACCUGAGAAGUUAAUAUUAACUAAGGACUUUGCACCCAGCAUCAAAGAUUAGCCAGGUCUUUGUCAUAAUUGUUCUUGCCUAAAAGAAGAGAUGAUCUAUCGUUGACAACAGUUUCUCCUGUUGUUUGAAUCAAAUAGGGGUCUGGCCAUGACAAAAACAGAAACAGAGGGACUUCAACUGAAGCGCGAGUUGGGUUUAGUCAGUGCUGUGUCAUUGGUAGCAGGAACCAUGAUUGGAUCUGGUAUAUUCAUGUCCCCUCAGUUUGUGCUGUCCUACAUUGGAAGUCCAGGGGCAAGCCUGGUCAUUUGGACACUGUCUGGCCUUGUAGCCAUGCUGGGGGCACUCUCAUAUGCUGAGCUAGGAACCAUUAUUAAAGAAUCAGGAGGGGACUUUAUCUACAUUCUUCGAAUCUACGGACAGUUUCCUGCCUUCUUUGUGGCCUUCACCUUCCUACUAGUGGUGAAGCCAGCGAGCAUUGCAGCAAUAUCCCUCAGUUUUGCAGAAUAUGCAGUGGCACCUUUCUACCAAGACUGUUCUCCUCCUCAGCUAAUAGUGAAGUGUGCUGCUGUUGUAGCGGUCAUGGUUGUAGCCAUGGCCAACAUCUUGAAUGUACGUUUAGCCAUGAGAAUUCAGGUGGUCUUCUUGGUGGCUAAGCUAUUUGCACUGAUGGUUAUAGUAAUUGGAGGGAUAGUGAUAAUUGCACAGGGUAAUGUUGCUGUACAACAAAACGCUUUUGAUGGUACGAACUUGGGUGUGAGCUCCAUAGGGAUGGCUUUUUACCAAGGCCUCUGGUCCUAUGCUGGCUGGUACAACUUGAACUAUGUGACAGAAGAGUUGAAAAGACCUGAGGUAAAUCUGCCCAGGGCAGUUAUGAUUGCCAUCCCCAUGGUAACCAUGCUGUAUCUACUAGUCAAUGUGAGCUACCUGGCUGCCAUGACGCCAAGAGAACUGAUGUCGUCGAGUGCAGUGGCUGUCACCUGGGGGAAUAAGGUGCUCGGGAGCUGGGGAUGGGUGAUGUCUAUCGCAGCCGCUUUGUCUGCUUUUGGCUCCCUGAAUGGAACAUUCUUUAGUGGUGGCCGGGUGUGCUUUGUGGCUGCAAGAGAGGGACACAUGCCUGAUAUUCUAGCCAUGGCCCAUGUGAAUCGACUGACCCCCUCUCCAGCCCUGAUCUUCACCACGGCUAUCUCACUCCUGGUUCUCAUCCCUGGGGACUUUCAGAGCAUUGUCAACUUCUUCAGUUUCACUGCCUGGUUCUUCUAUGCAAUCACUCUGUCUGGGCUCCUCUACCUCAAGAUCAAGAAACCUGAACUUCCCAGGCCAUACAGGGUUCCCAUUGUAAUCCCCAUCUUGGUCAUCAUCGCAGCAAUUUUCCUUGUGCUGGCACCUAUAAUUGACAACCCCGCGAUAGAGUACCUCUAUGUCACCUUGUUUAUCUUUAGUGGUGUUUUGGUUUAUGUGCCCUUCAUCCACUUCAAACUGUGCCCUGGACUGUUGGAUAAAGUCACUGUGUUCCUGCAACUAUUCCUAGAGGUGGCCCCAGCAGACAAGAAUCUAUGAUUUAUUUUA